AUGAGUGGAGAUGAAAUAUACGGGACUUCCGGAUUCGUCCACAACAAUGUAACGUUCAAUAUUCCCUCUCGGUCCUACGAUCAGAGAUUCACCUACACCGAUGAGUAUGAUGUACAACCACUCGAAUUCAUCGCUGUCACGGGAACAGAAGCAGAUGAACGCAACAAAAAUGUGUCGAGACGCAUUCGCAGUCAAGCUAUGCGCAACUAUGUCUGGAGACAAAACCAUCCAACAACAACAGACGAAAUGGCUGCAGCAGCCGCGGUCCCGCUCAAAGUAAAGUCGCAGCAAAAGUAUGAAGGGAAGUUUCGAAUUGGCUCGCGGCCACGCAAGACAAAAAAGCCUACAAAAGUAAAGCUCGCUAUUUUGGAAUCAAUAACAACUUCAGAAUCUGAACAGGACCAAGAUGUAAGAAAGGCUCUUUUGCGUUACUCAAAAUGGUCCAUUCGACAAAGCCUCAUGCCUGAUAAGAACCUGUUGAUGAGAAAAGGUGCAAACUCGGAUCCCUUUAACGCAUUCUCUUUUCCAAUGGGGCCUGAAAGCGAACAGUUUAUUUUUUAUUAUCAAAAGCAUUAUGCUGUUAACUGUAUUGCUCUCAACCUAUCACCAGACUGUUGGUAUUUCGUCAGAGAGGAGCUUGCAUUAUUCCAUGCGGUUCUGUAUCUCGUCUCUCUAGAUUACAAUAUGAAAUACGGUCUAAUCGACUCUCCUGGGAGCCUCUUCCAUGGGAGAGAGGCAUUUCGAUUGAUCAACGAGGCUAUCAAAGAUAAUGCGAUAAGAGAUACUCUCAUUGCAGCCGUUUCAUUAGUCAUUACGAGAGAGAAUCUCGCUGGCAAAUUUGACCUGGCCAAAAUUCACAUGCAAGGUCUCCAACUGAUGGUUCAUCAGCGAGGAGGCAUACAAAAUGUCGAAAGCAUCCAUAGAAAUGUGAUAACAUGGGCCGAUUUAUGCUACUCAAACAUCUGGGACUGCAAGCCAUCUUUUCCUCUCCUACCUCUGAAACUUACCGGAACUGAGGCCGAGCUGCCCACGGGCAUGAAAAGUAUGACGCUCUCUCCAGCGCGCACUUUCGGCUCCGGUUCGCUCAUAAACUCAAUCUUCCGGUCUCUCAGACGCUUAUCUAUCGCAUUCUGCCCAGAGUAUGAUGCUCGCCUAGAUGGAUCGUCAAUGAGCAACCAAAUAUAUAGCGUCGAAUACGAUCUUCUCACUCUCCAAAACAUCAACCUCGAAGCUCUGAAUGCCAGCGAAUAUCUCUCAUCUAGCUCUGUUUUGAUGAAUAUCGCGGCAUAUAUUUACCUCUAUCUCAUUUUAAGAGAACUUCCAGUCAGAUCAAAGAUAUUCCACACCCUCUUUCAGCGAUUACGAGAUUCUUUGGAGAUGCAGGAUACAGAAUGGUGGAAUCUGGCUCCUGAGAGACAACGCUGGUUGCUAUGGGUCGUAUUUAUGGGGUAUGGAGCUGCCUCAGAAUGGGAUGAGAAAUGGCUGUUUGUAGAAAGGAUGGAGCCGCUGGGUGCUGCACUAAUGCUGAGUACAAAAGAAGAACUUCGAUCUGCGUUUCAAGGAGUUAUUUGGCACGAUAGGUGUGAAGAGUUUUUGGAAAAGCUAUGGAAUGACAUAUCGCAUCGCAAAGGAACUAAGACGGAUAGCUAG